CAACAAUUUCUGAGACCACUGCAAGCGAAAGCUUAGUCUAACCGAUAUAAAGAGGGUGUCUGUCAUCAACGGAUCCGGACAACGGAUCUGCCAGUAAUGCACUACACCAAGGCAUGGCUGAAAGACAGGACAAUGAGGUAGAGGAGGCAGAUCAGGUUUUCCUGCUUAUGAAGGAGGAGUACCGUAUAUCUCGGAAUGUCCGUCUCGCCUGGUUCCUGAGCAAACUGAAUCAGGUCAUUCAGCCCUCGCCUAAGGCUGAGUUGGAGAAGUCAGAGAAUGAGCUGGACGUUCUAAGCAUCCUGCCCAAAGGAUGGCAGCCGGAGUUUUCUCCCUCUACCCUGCCCUACCAGCUGGUGCCGGCCACAUGUGUAAACUUCCUGGCGCGGCGCUACCGCUUCAUAAUAGAGCUGGACCUCAGCCCCUCCACAGGGAUUGUGGAUGACUGCACUGGUGAGAUGAUUUUCGAUGAGGUGUUCCAUGCGCUGUCCCGGUGUCUGGCUGGUUUGGCCCGACCAUUCAAAGUGCCUGGAACUGACCUGCUCUUUAAGCCCAAGGUGUUCAUCACCAUCCUGGCUUACUCCUCCAUCAUUGGGCUCAGCACUCACCAGGUGUUGGUGCAGGGCUGUCAGUUGGAUGGGACCGACCUGGAUAAGUUCCUGCAGCAGAUCUAUCAGCAGCUGCGAGCUGUGGAGAACAACAUCGCCGAGGUGCUUCAGCAGCAGAAUGACCAGGCCAGGGGACAGCAGUGUGAUGGAGGCUCCAUCUGCCAUGGGCUGCCCAGCGACGGCAUGGAAGAAGAGCCUCAGAGAAAGCUGGGAGUUUCCAUGGUGACGGCGGAUGUUGGGCUAGUCAGUAUGGUGCGGCAGGGUAUCCUCGCUCUCCAGCUCCUGCCUCCAAACUCCAGCGCAGGUAUAAUUAUCAUCACUGAUGGAGUCACCAGUGUGCCAGAUGUGGCUGUGUGUGAAACGCUACUGAACCAGCUGAGAAGUGCCACAAUUGCCUGCUCUUUUGUCCAGGUGGGUGGGGCAUACUCGUACGACUGCAGUUUUGGCUACAUCCCCAAUGUGGAGCUGAUGAAGUUCAUCUCCCUGGCCACGUUCGGCUCGUACCUGUCCACCUGUCCCGAGCCAGACCCCAGCAGCCAGGAGAUGAACGCCUACCACAAGGCCUUCCUCACCUACUCCUUCCUCAAGACCAGCGAGUCACUGAACCCAGAGUACUACUGCUUUGCUCAGCACAAGCUCUUUAAUGAACACCUGGUGUCGACCAGUGGGAAUCCUGCGCUCAUGAUGCGCCGGAAGAAACACACGGAGAAGGAGGUGCACGCUGACCUGGUCAGUGUGGUGUCCGUGCGGCUCCGAGAGGGCUACACCAUACGCGAGAUCAGCCUCUGUAAAGGGGGCACCCAGCUGGAGGUGAAGCUGGUGCUGCUGUGGAAGCACAACAUGCGGAUCGAGUACCUGGCGGUGGCCUCCUGGCCCCUGGAGCCGGGCAACCGCACCACCUGGGUGGAGGUGUCCAUGGAGGGCAGCUACGACAUCCUGCACGACAUCAGCUGCACCAUGAAGAAGCCCAUCACCAGCCCCUACCGCACCUCCGUCAUCCGCCGCUUCUGGAACACGCUGCAGAGUAUAAAUCAGACGGAUCAGAUGCUGGUCCACUUGCAGUCCUUCAACUCCAUCCCCGAGCACUACACCAUUCCCGAGAGCACAAAGAACGGAGUGCCACUCUUCUACAUCCCCCCUGGAUCCACCACCCCGGUUCUCUCGCUGCAGCACAGCGGCUCCAAAGACUCCAGCCAGUCGCAGUUCGCCUCCUACUGGAAGCCCAUCCUGUCCAUGGACGCCAACUUCUGGCAGCGCUGGCUGCACAUGCACCGCAUCGCCAUUAUCCUGGAGCACGACACGCCUGUACCCAAACAUGUGCACAACGCGGGCAGCAACGGUCGCUUCAGCACCAUCCAGUGCCGCAUCUCCCACUCAGCCCUCACCUCCCUGCUGCGGGACUGGAGCAGCUUUGUGCUAGUGGAGGGCUACUCUUACGUCAAGCUCAUCUACAGUGCUUCAGACCAACCGCCCACUUCCUUCUACCUGGUGCGGCUGAUCUCCAAAGCCCCAUGCAUGGUGCUGCGUCUGGGCUUCCCCAUAGGAACCCUGGCCCACACCAGGAACAAGAUAGUGGACGAGCUGCGGGAGCAGAUCCUGAGGCUGCGCUUCCCCCACCGCGUCCAGAACAAGGAGGCCACGCCCAAGACCAAGAGGAAAGUGCUGGGCAACAACACCUCGCCCUCCAAGUCGCCGCCGCUCCCGGCCCCCAAGCCCGCGCUGUCUGACCGCCCCUGUGUGGUGCUGCUCCACAAGCCCCUGGAGAAGAUGCUGAUCAGGUACGAGAAGCUGCCGCUGGACUUCCGCACGCCGUUCAUCCUCAACAUGGAGCCGUUCGCCCAGCCGCCCAACAUGGCCGCCCCGCUGAGCUCGGCAGCCGGCCGCACCGCCUCGUCCACGCUGGCCUCGCUCUCGCGCUACUUCCUGCACCAGCGCUGGGUGUGGACGGUGCAGAGCGGCCUGGGCCCCGCCGUCUCCCUGCAGGCCGUCGCCCACAUCCUCUCCAUGCUGGCCGAGAUUCGCAUCUCCGAGGGCUUUCACUACGCCGCCAGCGGGGAGGGCAUCGUCAACAUGGUGACAGAGCUUCCGAUGAAGGGCCAUCCUGUUGGCGUGGAGGAGGAGAGUCACACUUGCAUAGUGCAAUACAUCCUUUUCCCCCCACACUCUACAUCCACAAAGGACAGCUUCUCCACUGACGAUGACAACGACACUGAGGUGGAGGCCAUCGAUGUGGACACGGAGUUGAACCUGGUGACGGAGUGCUGGGUGGAGCCCCAGAACGGGACGGUGUUGAGCGCCCAGGAGCAACAGCGCCACCUACUGGGCCUCACCUACCAGGAGAUCCCACAGGCAAUAUUCCCCAGAGACGUGGCGUGCAUGUCCACCAUGAUGACCUUCGAGUACCUGAGCCAGUUGUGCCAGAACAAGGAGCAGGUGUACCCCUUCUGUUGCGCCAAGGACACUGCUGAUGGAGAGGUGUCUGCCAGUACCGAGAGCAUCCAGACGGUGCCCUUCCAGUUCGACUUGAUGAAGCUUCUACCCAAGUGCCAACAGAUUGAGAUUUUCUUCCUCACCCUCAGCAGAGCGGAGAACGAGGAGGUGCUCCAGGGCGCCCCCUCCCUGCCCAACGAGCUCCUGCUCAGCCUCUUCCACGGCUCCCUGCAGCAAGACCUCAGCGACCGCGAGAUCCCGUUGGCCGACGUGGAUCACGUGACCUUCAUGCAUCACAUCCUGGACAGGGAAAGGGACGGUCAUGUGGCUCCUUUCUCCCUGCCUGUAAUCAAAGAGGAGUGUCUGAAGCCCCCAGAGAGGCAGGACACGGUCAUGUCCAUCCACACCAUCGGGAGCAGCAAAGAGGCUACUGGCUCCACCAGCACGCUACAGAGUUUCAGCAACGCGGAGCUGGUGGACGAGGAGCAGCUGGCGGAGGGGAGAGGGGAGAGCUCCAUACCCCAGUGGAAGUGCUACGUCAAAUAUGUCAACCCCCAGCAAAUCUUUCUCACCUUUCUACCUGCCACCUUCACCGACGUGCAGAUCCUGAUGUCAUCAGGGCUGGAGACUGAGCUCACAGCUAACGGCAGUUUCCAGGACGACGAGCACACUCUUAACCAGUCUCAGGCGGACUCCCACAACGGCUCCGUCAACGGGCUGGUGGACUCUGGGGGUGCUCAGGAGCCCUUCUCCCCACUGCUGUCCCCAGCCAGCCCAGCCACAGAGCUCGGGGCACCGGGGAACCUGGGCUCAGAACAGACCAAUGGGACGGCGGAGGAGCGAGAAGGCGUUCAGUUUGCUGAGCCUCAGCGGCGUGACCUCCACAUCACCUUCAGCCGUCAGGGGUCCCAGCAGAGCUCAGGGGAUGCGGCUCGCCCCCGCUGCCCCGUCUACGUCUACAACUGCUCUCUGGACACCCUGAAGGAGCAGCUGGUCAACCCCAACUCUGGCCGCCAACCACGGGACGUCUUUCUCAGACCUCAAGAUGCAGACUCCUGGGAACUGUAUCAGCAGAUGAAGUUCAGGUCUCAGUCCCAGGAACGCACUAGCGCCCCCUCCUGGACCGAGCUGAUGCACCCCCACAAGCACAAAGAGCUGGCCAACUACUGCAGCCUCCUGCAGGAGCAUUACCACCAGAGCUUCGUCAAAGGUGUGUACCGCAGCCUGCAGCAGUCGUACGGUAUCAGCUCCCAGGACGUGCUGACCACCAUGGACUACUGCGAGGAGUCGCUGCAGGAGAUCGACAUCACGGCCUUCCUGCAGACACUCUGCGGCCACGUGCGCGUCUUUAAGGAGCGCCACCGCUCUUUCACGGGGCCAGGGGCCCUCGACCCCCCCACUGGACCUGCCACCUUCAUCCUGGGGGAGGCAGAGGAGGACGGCCCCCGGGAAAGACCUGCCCUGGUCCCCUCCUUCAGCGUUGAGCUGGAGGACGGGAGCGAGAUCGAGAGCAGGGACCGGUCGUCUGAGCCCACCUCUCCCCUGGCCACAGACGAGCCGAAGACCUCCAGGUUCCCAGAGUUCCCUGUGUCGCUUCUCAGCUCCCAGCAGAAGUGCGAGGUCUAUCCAGAGCUCCACAAGAUUAUACAGGAAAAGUUCAUGGAGAUCGGCGCUCAGUACUUCAAGACAGUGCCUUCCAACCCACACUAUUUCUUCUACUGCCCACCAUCGUCCAAGAAGGAGGAGGAUAUGGAGUGUGCGGAGGAGAGGAGGCCCAGCGAAGAGAUGGAGGUCUCGGAGGCCGAGCUGGCCACGGAGGACGAGACCAUGUCCGGCUGUCGCAUCGUGACGGAGAGCGACACAGAUCUGGAGGUGGAGUACCGGGAGCAGGCGGUGCGGCGGAUGGACGCCCUGGGCAACAGCGGCGGAGAGGAGGAGGGGCCGGGCGGUGGUUAUGGCUUCGGGGUCAGGGGUGGAGGAGGAGGAGGCGGGGGCGAGGACGAGUCUCUGUCCGACUCCAACACGGUGAACCAGGACGAGGACUCCUUCAGCAUCCUGGACGGGGACUCGCUCCUGGAGCCCGAGGGGCCGCAGCCCGAGAUGCCCCCGCUGUUCGUCCACCUCACCUGCUCCGUCAACAUCAAGAACAGCCACGGCUCCAUGCCCAUCCAGACACUGCCCACCUGCCUGGGAGAGGUUAUUUCUUGCCUGGAGAACAAAGAGUCCCUUCAGUCAGUUGACCUGGGCGACCUUUCGGUUACACUGGACAUCUUUGUCCUGACGCUGCCCCUGGAGAUAGAGGUCAUCCCUUCAGACUUCCAUCAUAACAGGUACACGUCGGAGUCCAGCGUGUCUCUCAACCGCUCUCCUGCCCAGCCCUCGUCCUACCGCUCCGACGAGGAGCUCAUGGGGGCCCUGGACCUGCGGGGCGUCGGCAUGGACGGGGUCUCUGGCGAUCCCCUGUCCAAACUGCCUGUCCCUCAUAAAAUGGCAGUGUUGGCUACCAUGGAUGAGAUCCGCUGGUUGCUGCAGGAUGAGAUCGUCUCGGCUCUACGGCACUCUCGCGUCAUCAACACGUCCACCCUGCAGAAGGUGGCCAAUCACGUGUGCCGCUCCUGUGGGCGCCCACGGUGCCACUACGAGGUGGUGCCCCUGCAGUUUGUGUUCGGGCCCGAGCAGUCGCUGGAGAAGUUCAAAGAGGAGUUCAGGCGCCUGUCCUUCACUGGGUACGUGCUGAACGGGGAGCAGGAGAACUUCCACUACAUGUCCCUGAGUCGGCUGCACCCGCAAAGACUCCAGGCGGUCAAGCGCCUCUCCGAGAGCACCGCCUACUCCAGGGAGCAGACCAAUCACUGCCCUGAGCCGGAGGAGCCUGCCAGGACCCCGGCCAGUAGCUGCUCCCCACGCAAAGCUCCUGAGGUCAAGGCUGAAGCGGAAAGCAGGGAGGUGGAAGUUGAGCUCCUUCCGACACACAGCGAGGAGAGGAAGGAGGAGGAGGAGAGCCCAGCAGGAGGAGGAGGAGGAGCAGGAGGAGCAGCAGGAGCAGCAGGAGGAGCAGCAGGAGGAGCAGCAGGAGGAGGAGGAGGAGGAGGAGGGGAGGUGGCAAGCGAGCCUCUCCCCGCACCUGAGACGGGCGGGGAGGCGGGCCGGGUGAAGGCCCCGGGGCGUCCAGACUCGGAGGAGGUGCGCUCCCAGAGCUCGGCCACCAGCAGCACGGCGCAGCUCCAGGCCAGCAGCAGCACCGACCGCUCCUCGGAGCACACGUCGCCCCCCAAGACCCCCUCCGCCGUCAGCCUGGCCGAGUCCGUGCAGUCCACCACGCACAGCAGCGGGAAGCUUCGGCCCAGUCGCGUGCAGAGUGUGGUGUCCAGCCAGGGCAGCCUGGACUCCGACAUGUUGGGCUAUGACGGGGGGAGCAGUGACUCAGAGUGCGAGAGUCCCACCCUGGACGAGCAGGAGACCCAGAGUCCACUCAUGCCCGACUUCUGGCUCCUGCUCAAGAUCCACCAGGACCGGGUGGAGGUCUACUCCCACUCAAGGAGCCUGAUCGGGGGGAAGGAGGGAGGAGGCUCGGGGGAGGAGGAAGAGGAGGAGAUCCCCGAGUACCUGAGGCUGCAUCAGCUGCUCGUGAGGAAGAUCGGCGAGAUCUGCCGCAUCGUUAACCAGCGCCUCCUGCUGCAGGACCUCCACGACAGCCACGUGUGCAACUCCCUGCUGGUGGCCGAGAGCGAGGAGGACAUCUGGAAGAACGAGUCCCUGUACAGACAGAGGAUGGCCAACUCCGAUGAUUAUAACGCAGAUGAGAGCUACCAGCCACGAGACUACCUAGCGGCCACCAUGCAGUUCAUUCCGGGCCACUUUGCCUGUGAUGUGGUGUGGAGCACGGUCAUCCACAUUCACCCCCGACUGAAGAUGGGGCCCAACAUGGGCGUGUCCCGAGCCAUCCAGGCCCUGCGCUCUGUGCUCAGUGCUUUCUGCGUGGUCAACAGGAAGAACAUGUUUGUCUACCAGGAGCGCACCACCAAAUCAGUCUUCUACCUCAGACUCUCCGAGACGUCCCAGACGGGGAAGUACUCCGACCUGGAUGGCAACCUGCACAUGGCACGCUCUAUGGGCCUGGCCCGCAGCCAGGAGCCCCUCUACUCCGAGGACCUCACGGGGUCCCGCUCCUCGCUUGAGGGCUCCAGACCGGUUGGACAAGUGGACAAACACAUCCUCCUGCUGGUGCAUGGUGUUGGCAGUGCAGGUCCCGAGAUCACAGACGAGCUCGUGAAGGUCCUGCGUAAGCGUCUGGACGAGGCCACGCUGGACAUCAUCACGGUGAUGCUCGUCCGCAACUGCAAACUGACCCCGGCUGAUGUGGAGUUCAUCCAGCCCCCUGGUUCCCCAGCCACGGAGGUGAUGGAGUUCUCCCUGCCUCAGUACUCGCUGUGCUGGUUGCCGGCUGUGGCCCACUACCUCAGGCAGAACCUGCUCAUCUUCUUGCACAUCCCCAAGUACACCGACAGCAACAUGGAGCACCACUUCAAGCACUACUUCCACUUGAGCAGUGAGCUGCCAGACUCCGACCUCUACCUCUACAACAAGCCUGGAGGCCAAGGAACCGGAGGAAAAGGUAUCGCCUGCAUUGCCCUGUCCUUUGUUGAUGCGGAAGGGCGCCCCCUACAGGUUCCAGCACAGGAUGGCACAUCUCCCCUCAAAGGAGGAGACACCUCGACCAUCUCGCUCGAUCCUGACCAAUUUGACCUGCUGACCACUGUGGUCAAGGUGGAGCCCUCCCACAGCCAAGUCCAAGGUCCGUAUGUGCGCGUGCGGUUCGACGUGUGGGAGCAGGGGAACGUCAGCCCCCUCCAGCUGACCGACAAGCUGCGCGGCGCCCUGCGCCAUGCCCUCUGUGACGUGGUCAUGGAGCUGCGGGUGCUGCCCAACCCCCUGUGCCAGGAGACGUUCUGCCUGCCUGCCAGCUCGCCCAGGGACGACGCCAACGUUAUGCUGACUCUGCCCCAGACGGUCACUAAGGAGGUCAGGGAGGUGCGCGACAGCCCACGGCGCCUCAGCGGUACCCAGAGCCUGCGGAGCAGUCCCUCGCCCCUCACCCUCAACCCCCUCAACCCCCUCGCCAACACCCCCACGCCCACGCCCACCCCCAGCACGGGCACCAGCACGCCCGAGUCCACCACCCCCACCGGCAGGACCACCCGACGCAGCUUCUGGGAGAUCCUGAGCAAACCGGACUCGUCGGAGCUGAGCAGCCCAAAGACGACGGACGACAUCAUGCCGGAGCGGGGGGAGGACACUCGGGCCGGCCGGCGCCGUCACAAGACGGAGAUGGUCAAGCAGCAGUGGAGCCAGGAGCGCAACAUGGCCGUGGAGUUGGAACAGGCCCAGAGGAGACACGUGGUGCAGCUGGAGGAGGGGGAUGUGGGGACGCUGCACCCCAUGUACCAGCUGACCUAUCAGCCCUGGGUCAUGUUCAUGGCUAAGCUGGGCUGUCCGUCAAUCCAGCAGUGCACGGCUGAGAUCAGCUCUCACUUCCUGCUGCCCUCCAUCCUGACGGAGAUCGCCGGCUUGGUCAGCUCUCUGGCCAGCGACACGGUCGUGAAGGUUUUCGAGAGAACAAGUUGUCCCCAGGGAGACAUCUUUGUUCCCCUGCCUCACAUCCAGCACAGUAGCCAGACACCUGCGUCUUCCAGGAGCUUCUUGCUCAUUGGACGGAAUUUCCACCAAUGGCAUUGCAGCACAGAGCUACAAGUCUCCUUCCAGGACGACAGUUCAGAUGAGGAAACCCCUCCAGUGCUAAAUAGGUUCACACCUCAUAAGGGGCUGCAGCGCUUCGAGGCCCUGGAGCAGAGCGACUGGUACAGCCCGGGGCAGACCGCCAGGGGGGUAGCGCCGCGACAGAGGUUCCUCCACAUCCACGUCCUGGAGAAGAAGGUGACCCUGUAUGCGUAUAACUGGUCAGUGGAUCUGGGCGCGUCCCUGAACCGUGGCCUGGUGCGGUUGGUGCAGUGGCAGAAUGCCCGGGCUCACGUGGUCAACUGCCUGCUCAACCAGAAAAUGGGUCUCUUCCACCACUACUGCUUUGCAGACAUACCGGCCCACGAAGACCUCAAACAAGAGCCCAACCCGUUCCUGAACCCCACCAUGGAUGCGGAGGCCCUGCUGCGGAGCCCGGUGCCGCCGGUGCCCAGUAAGGAGCAGGGUCGGCUGGGCAGCUCGUCGCGCGUGCUGGCCCCUCUGCACUUCCCUUCGGACCUGGUGCCCUUCGACGAGGCGCUGCGCGACGUGGGCGCCCUGCGGCCGCUGGCCAGCGCCCAGGACGGGGCCGACGUGGUGGCCCGCCACGGGGCUCAGCUGCUGGACGUCAAGGCUGCGGAGCGCAGAGAGAUGGAGAAGCAGUGUAAGAUCGAGAACCUGUUUGUGACAUGGCAGCAGAGGUCAGCCCAGUCCAACAUGCCCAUAUCGGUGGCAGACCUGGACACCCUGAAGCAGUCGUCUCGGCUGGUGCACUACUGUGCCACUCCGCUGCUCUUUGACCCCAUCUUCCGCAAACAGAUCCACGAGGAGCAGACUGUCCAGCAGCCGCCCGUCAAGCGCCGGCACCGGUCCAGUGACUCGGCGGCGUCGGGCCGGGACCGCAGCUACAGCACGGACUCGGCGGAGACGCUGCCCAGUCGGCUGCGCGAGGAGCCCUGGCUGCAGGACAUCUCCAACACCUUCCUGCAGCAGUACGUCCAGUACCUGCAGAGCAUGGGCUUCAUCCUGGUGCAGGUGCGCCCCCAGUCCCCCGCGCGCAGUAUUGCUCGUGCUCGAGCAGCCAUGCUUAGCUCUCUGUCCACGGAGGGCAGAGGCUCCUUCUCCUCCUUCUCCUAUAACAAGCAAAAGAGCAACGAAGACAGCCCCAAGCAGCAGAGCAGCGGAUCAGGAACUACCAUCUACCACCUCCAGAGGGCGCUGCCUGGAGGGAUUGUGCUGAUGGAGCUUGCCUUCCAGGGAUGUUACUUCUGUGUGAAGCAGUAUGCACUGGAGUGCUCUCGCAUCCCGAUGGGACAAACGGUUAAUUCCCAGCUCUCCAUGCUCUUCACGGAGGAGUGCGACAAGGUGCGGGACCUGAUGCACGUGCACUCGUUCAGCUACGACUUCCACCUGCGCGUGGUGCACCAGUACCUGCUGGGCUCGCACAUGACCCUGCGCCAGGGCUACCAGCUCACCGGCUUCCUGGAGGACUUCAUCCGACACCACCCGGACAUCCCCAAGUUCGGACGCAACCACGUCUUCCAGGGGAGCUUCUCCAUCUCCACAGGCAUGAUCACAGCUCACCAGUUGUAUAACUACAUCACGGACCACGCGGGCACCUACGGCAUGAAGCCCCUGCGCAUGUCCAAAGCCCCGACCGCCCCCGAGGCCAAGAAGGGGCCCAGCGCAGACCUGCACGAGUACGCCCUGGUGGCCCUCUGGAACAGCUCAGGGACGUUUAAGGACCUGGACGGCCUGCGUCACCAUGACGACUUUGACGUGUCCCUGUUGGUGUGUCACAAUGCGGCGCCGUUUGAGGAGCAGUCGGAGGGGGAGCGGCACCUGCUGAGGCUGCGCUACUAUGUGAUCAUGACAAGCCAGCGCGAGCUCUUCCCGCGGCUGACCGCCGACAUGCGCCGCUUCAAGAAGCUCACGCAGAUCCACCGCGACCCGGCCUCCGGGAACAACGGCAACGGCACCGGCACCGGAGCCACCCCUGACCCGCGCCUGCCCUCCGAUCGCCCCCAGCCCGCCCGGGGGGCCCGCGACUCCGAGUGCGACCUCUGGGACGACGCCUCGUCCACCACCACCGCCGUCGUCCCCGCCUCCCUCAGCACCACCCCCACGCUGUCGGCCGCCAGCCCCGUCGCCGCCGCCCUGGACCCCGGCAUCGCCGUCGCCGCCGCGGCCCCGGACGGAUGCGGCCAGGAGGCGGGCCUGACGUACGCCUCGCCCCUGUUCCCGCUGCUGAGCUCGGAGGUGAGCGCGGCGCACCGCAAGAUCCAGAGCAGCGUGGAGCAGGCCAUGGGCCACUGCCGCCGGGACAACCUGUGGCGCCGGCUCUUCCACGGGGAGCACCUGGCCUCCGACAAGCUCAAGCUGAGCAAGCUGGCCUUCGCCGAGCUGGAGGAGCUCCUGCAGGCCGUGCAGAGCCAGUCUGUGGGAGAGGUGGACCCGCAGCUGGACUGCUUCCUGACCAUGAGCCCCAGCUGGUACCAAAGCCUCAUCAAGGUGCUCCUGACCCGCUUCCCCCAGAGCUGCAGGCACUUUGUGGACGACAGUGGCAUCCAAUACCUGGCUGUUCUGAAUCAAAAGUUCACUGACUGCUUUGUGCUGGUCUUUCUUGACGCCCAGGCGGGCAAAACGAGUCUGAAGGUGGUGUUCCGGGAACCCCUCCCCACCCAGCAGCCGCCCAGCACCAGUCCCCCGCCACAGCUGGUCUCCAUGUACCACCACCUGGAGUCCGUGGUGAACACCGCCUGCUACAACCUCUGGACCGGCCUCCUGUGAAGAGGCAGAGAGGGACACGGAGGGGGGUGGGGUGGGGCGG